CGCGGCGUAAAACAAGUUGGGAGUCCAAAAAAAUCCGAUGAAAUGGAGGCAGAAUUGACUUGUCCAGUUUGUAAAAAGCCGUUUGUCAGCCCUAUUGUCCUUCCUUGUUCUCACAGUGUUUGCUUGAGUUGUUCGCAAACACUGGUGACCACUGCCAGUGGAGAUCUUCCGACUUCUGGAAAUGGCAGCGAAGAAACACCUUACGUUACUUUGUAUGACGUGAAUACAAACCACUUGUACCAAAGCAUCGGAAAUCUUCCCUGCUUAAGGUGUCCAACGUGUAAAAAGCUCUUUCCUCUUGACAGCCGAGGGGUGAGCAGUUUUCCACGAAACCACCUCUUGGAAAAUAUUGUCAAUCGCUAUUAUGCAAAAUCUAAUGGAAUUGUUUAUUGUCAACUUUGCGACGAAAACCAACCUUCCCAGGCUAGUGUAAUGUGUGAACAAUGUGAAGUUGCUUAUUGCGAUCGCUGCUGUAAAACCUGUCAUCCUAGCCGUGGACCACUCGCGAAACAUUCCCUUGUCACCCCUUCGAGGUCAAAAUUACCGCACAAGCCGACAGUUCUUAAAUGCGGGAAUCACAACGAAGAAAACAUAAGCAUGUACUGUGUCUUCUGUCGUGUUCCUGUGUGUUAUGUGUGUUUGGAACGAGGACAGCACAGCGGACACGAAGUUAAGGCUUUAGGUGCGAUGUUCAAAGAGCAGAAGGUAGGGGAUGUCUAAAAUUUGCAUUUUGUCUUUCCCCUCGGCGAUCUGUCAUUGUAUUUAGAAGUGUAUAAAAUAAUCUUUGAUGUAUUUAGGGCGCGCACGAAAUUGAUUUUUAAAAACGUUCCAUCGUGUACCCCGUGUUGAUUCCAUUUCUGACCAAAUUAGGCCUUGGCAUGUAAGUCGAUGAUUAAUUCGCUACACUGUAGCUCUUUAUGAAUUUAAUCUUAAAUGUAAGACAGAGUUGAACAAGAGUUGUUGAUUUUUUUGUGAGCUAGAUCUUGGCUGGCAUAUGCAAAUGUCGCUUGAUGUGAAUAUUUAAUUAAUGCUCGUGUGAGUGAAAAUUUUGGAAAAUAGAGAUCCCUUGACAUUCUUUUUUUGAGGCGUAAUAUCGCUUUUUAAACCAUCGUAAAAAGGAAAUGAGAUUAUUUUUUUGUUUUCUUAUUUUUCCCAAAAAUAUUGAUAUAUAAGAUUUAAAAAAAAAUAAAAAUGGCUUUCCUUGAAAUAUGUACCUUCCGUGAUCGUGAGUGUAAGGUCAUAUUCAGAGAAGAAGUGUCUUUUUAGCAGUCCAAUUCCAGAAAUAAACUGCCCCUGAAAUUUGAUAUGAAAAUUUUAGUAUUCAUAGUGUGUUAUACCCUAAGAGCUGGCUAUCUUGUUGUAUCAGAGAUUUCAGUUUUCAUUUCUCUGUUUGAACAGAAUACAAUAUUAUUUGUUAGGAGACACGGUGCAGAACACUGUUUCUUGCAUGAAGAAAAACAAAAUCGAGUGUCAAUUUUGUUUUACGAUUUUUUUUCAAAACUAAUGAUUUUUACCAAAAAAAAGCUUAUACUAGCCCAAAAAUUAGUGCUCAAGUUAUCUGGUGUACAAAAUGUAAUUUUUGUGAUAAUACUUGCAAAGUUAUUCAGAGUAGAAGUGUCUUUUUAGCGGUCAAAAUGUAUCAGAUUACAAACUGGCACUGAAAAUUGAUAUGAACGCAUUGUCAAGGCUUUUAUCCCCUAGAAGGCCAUCUUGAUUGUAUCAGAAAUUUUAGUGUUUAUUUUUCUGCUUCCCCAGAAAUAAUUAUAUGGGAGAAGACAUAGUGCAAUGAGUCGUGCAUAAAUAAAAUAUAAACGUUUUCAUUUUAGGGUGUAAAGAAUACUGAUCUAGCCAUGGCAUGCAUUGAAAACAUGAUACAAAAAUAAGGUCUCGACAAUAUUUUAAACAUCCCUCCAUUUUUAUUGGACCUAAUGUAACAUACUGUUUUUUGCAUAACAAGAAGAAGAAGAACAAAAAACCCAAGAAUUUACUGCAAAAACUGGUUCUAUGAAUUAAAGCUGAUUCGAGGCUAAAAUCUGACCAACAGCAGAGCUAAACAUUAUUAGUAAUGUAGUUUGGUGUAAAUCUCAGUCAGUACUUGAAAUGCCAUCGUUUCAGGGUGAACUUUUAGCAAAUAUGAAGUUACUGGAUGGGAAGAACAGUGAAUUAAGGAACUUCAUCCAACAACUGUAUGGGAAUUGCUCAGUUAUUCAGGUAAAAAUUCAAGGAAAAAAUUUGUACACAGUCUUCUUGCACAGGUACCCCAGGCUUGGAGACCUUUAUAUCCAACAUCGUACAUGAUUGUACUUUGAGCACCAUGUGCUGUUCUGUACAGAGUAAAUAAGUAUGGUUUAUAUUGGUAUUUGUCAGCCUCUAAUAUAUAGACAUCACAGAUGAAAAAGAUUCAUCAAAGGCAUUUUGCCUCACAUCAGUGAAUUUUGUUUUACUUGUUGGUGUAAUUGCUUGCAUAUAUGCACCCAGCAAAGUUUAAUAAACCCUUGUCAUUAACUUGGCACAGAAAAGUAUUGUGAUUCUCCAUUUUCAAUUCAAAGGCUGUGUAAAGCUCCUAUUCAAAGGUUGGGAUACCUGUGCUUCUUGUAGCUAGCACUGUUGAUAAAAUUUUCCAAUGCAAAUAGAAUGGUGGUAAUUUUUUUUGUGUUCUCACAUUGAACCAAAUUCAUUCCAGCUUGCACAGGCCACCCAAUAUUGUAAGGGUGGUUAUCUAGCAGAUCUAAAAUAAUAUUAGAGUGUUGUUGUUCUAGGAAAAUGGUUUGGAAUUUGAGGCCAGUGUUGUUGCGCAGUGUGAUGCAUUGAUAAGCUUUAUUCAACAACGCAAAUUGGGAUUAAUUGAAGCUAUCACGGCAGAGAUGAACUUAAAGAUACAAAAGUUGAAAGAACAAAUGAAAACUUGCGAGAAAAAGUUCCAAAGUGUUGCUGGUCUUCUUCAGUAUGGUAAUGAGUGUUUACAAGAGACAGAUGCUGCUUCCUUCCUGUUGGUAAGACUGAUCAACUAUCAACUUCACCCUGAAAGUGCUAAUGAAACAAAGGGAGUGGGCUAGGAUCUCUACCUUGGCAGAGCUUGUACUAAUACAGUCAAACUUCCACUAAUGGCCACAGCUCUCUACAACAGCCACUUUUUUCGGCGGACAGUCCAUACAUUGACUCAUGUCAGGGUGCAAAGAAAGUCAGUUUUACAGCUUGCCAUUCGGGCAAGCUGUAGCUAGCAUGUACUUGCCCGAAAGUCAUUUCAACUAGCCAGAAAAAAAAUUGGAUGAGCAGGAUUAAUUACAGUUCUUCUGUUAUUCGAAUUCCUAAAAAAAUAUCACUUGCCCGUCGGGCAAGUUAAAAACAGAAUUCACUAGCCCGAUAGCAAAAUCCACUAGCCCCGGGCUAUCGGACACUACUUUCUUUGCACGCUGCAUGUUUAAACCUCUCCACAAGGGCCGCUGUCCCCAAAGUGGCUGUUGUGGAGAGGUUCAAAUGUGUUUUUCCCUGGACUAGCCUUAAUUUUAUUAAGAUAAUAUUAUUGAUAGUUAAAGGCAUCUUUGGUAACAAUUUGGGCGAAAAUUAAUGGUUAACACUGCGCACACAUAAUGCUGCUUUAUUUAAUGACAUAUUAGGGCCAUUUAUACGAGGAAAAAUAAGACGCGUCUUAAAUAAGACGCGAACUGUACCAUUUAUACGAACAUGUCUUAUCUAAUAAGACGUGUCUUGGCUAAGCCGCGCCUUAUUUUAGACGAAAUGUGCCAUUUAUACAGAAAGUUCGCGUCUUAUUUAAGACGCGUCUUAUUUUUCCUCUUAUAAAUGGCCCUAUUGUACUACAUCAGUGGCCAAAUGGAGGUGCAAUGGAUCCAAAUAUUAAGUGGCUGCAUGUGCAUAUAAAGAGAUAAGAGUGAAAUAUUGUUAAAUGCCAAGAAUUUGAGAUAAUGACGAUCAUUUAUUUUUAUUUUUAGGUUGCAAACUCUUUAAAUAGCAGGUGAGUUAUACAAACAACUAAUACUACUACUAAUAAUAAUAAAAAAAAUUAUUUCUAAAACAUUGUUUUGCAUUUUGUUUUCAUUAAGUUGUCUUUUUUGGAAGUAAAAGAACCUGUUUUGUCUUUAAAUUAAAGUGAUUUUUAUUUCAGAAUUACAAGCCUUGCCAAUCAAUGGUCAAAGGAAGUAAACUUGGAACCAAGCACAAAGGUAGAGCUUGACCUGACUCUAGACACAGUAGCUGUGCAACAGGCUCUUCAUGAUCUGCACUUUAUUGAGCUUAAAGGUGAGAGCAUACAAACACUUAACCACCCACUAUAAGUGAACUCUUCCUAGUAAAUAAACAUGCUUAUAUAGGACUUACAGACCCCUCCCUAACAUUGACACCUACAGUUGGUCUCGCUAGUAAGGGAGGAUUGGGAGUUGGAGCCUUAGAGAAAAGGGAUAUGGAAGCAGGGAGAGGAAAGGGUAAGAGGUGGGAGACUUCUAAAAGGGUGGGAAGCAGGAGAAUUAAAGGGUAUAAUUACACAACAAUGUUUAAUAUUUUACAAGAUAUUAUUGAAAAAGGGCUUUAAGAUUUGGACUCCCCUAGCUUACCCUUCUGUUAAGGGCAGAUACAGCAGUUUCUAAGACAGACACAUAACUGAUGGUCUCAACAGCAUAGUAGAUUUUAGAGAGUUGACUGUUAAGUAUUAUAAUCUUAUAUAACUAAAAAAACGUGGCCUUGAAUGAUUCAAGUGACAUAUGCUAGAAUUUUUUAUAUUAUGUGAUUCUGGGAUUUUUCAAUAUACUUUCUUUAAGUCAGCUGCUGGAAAUCCUAACUUCUGUCUCAGCCUUUCUGUUUUAAAAUAUGCAUUUGGUAACAAUUAAUACAACACUUUUUACUUUUGUUUCACAGCUCCAAUGGCCCCAGAAAUAAUCCCAGACGAAUGUACUGUCACAAACAAUGCCAUAAAAUUGUCUUGGAAACCACGUAAACAAAGCUGUGUUGAUGGCUAUGUGGUUGAAGUUGAUGACGGUACUUCGAGUGGCAAAGAGCACAAUUUUUUGCAGGUUUACAGAGGUGAUAAUUUGGAGUGUACUAUAUCUGGUCUUCAGUUUAACUCGACGUACAGGGCCAGAGUUAAAGGGUUCAAUAAAGCUGGAGAGGGAGCUCCAAGUGAUGAGGUCUACCUCACCACAUCUGACAGUAAGCAGACCAUUUUAACUUAUAACAAUUUUAUUCCCCCUUUUUCUGAGUAGCCUGUUGUUGAUUUGCACCCAAGACUUAACAAUACCAUACCUCUUAAUUGCAGAAAAAAUCAGAAGUCCCAAAUUUGGUAAAUGUUUGCUAGCAUACCAUAAGAAAAUUACCAUGAAUUUAAAUCCAAGAAAUAACCAGUAAUUUAAGUAUUGUUCUCUGUAACUGUUUUGGCUGACCUUGGUAACAUGAAUUUUCCCAAGUUGUUUGCAAUUUUGAGUCAGUUUAAUCUUGGUGGACACAAAUCAUAUAGAAAAGAUGUGCACCUUAAGCUAUAAAUCUGGAUUCUGAAAUUAUUAAGGGGAUGGUGAGCCCAAUGAAAGAUGAAAGUUGAUUAAAAAGUUCGAGAGAUGAUAGCAUCAUCCGCAACCAAACCCCUUGCCAACAGAGGUAUAGAUGUUGCUCUGAGACAACUUAUUAACUACAAGUACCGAAAUUAAAUGUUGUUUGCUUAUUACCUACAGUCGCAUGGUUUGCACUGGAUCCCUCUACUGCCCACCCAGACAUAGUCUUGACUAAUGACAACACCACCACAACAUGUACCAGCUUUGAUGACAGAGUUGUUCUCGGUAACAUUGGCUUCUCGCGAGGCUGCCAUUAUUGGGAAGUUACUAUAGAUAGGUACGAUGGAAACCCAGAUCCCGCUGUUGGUGUGGCACUGGGCAGUACCAUCAAAGACUCCAUUCUUGGUAAAGAUGACAAAGCAUGGUGCAUGUACAUUGAUAGCAGUCGCAGUUGGUUCCGUCAUAACAAUGAGCAUUCCAAUCGCCGUGAUGGUGGAGUAGAUGUUGGAUCUGUUAUUGGAGUGUUAUUGGACAUUCCUAAUCACAAAGUGACUUUUUACUUGAAUGAUCAGAAAAGAGGGAUGAUGCGAUUGCCAGAUAUUCCAGAAGCUUUCUAUGCAGCAUUUAGUUUAAGUCGAAAUGUACAAAUUACAUUGCAUACUGGGCUUGAGCCUCCAGAAGAUGCUUAUAAUAACAGCAAGUGAGACUUAAAAUGUUGAGGGAAAAUGGUGCCCUAAAUUAUCACUAUAUUAAAUUAUUUUUAUGAUAUUGUUAUUAUAAUUUUAACUAGUUUAUAUUUUAUUUUAAAUGUAAUUAUUUAAUUGCUAUUGUUAAGUGUAGAUAAUUUAAUUUAUAAAGUGUGAAGAAAAUAACACUUUGUACUUAAUCCUUUGUACCUGAUACUUAAUCCUUUUCUGUGUAGGGAGUCAGUGAGGUCAUCAUGAUCAACAUUCAAAGUAUGCUGUUUUCAUGAUAUUGGCUAGGCUGGAAAUGUUUUGAAAUUAGAAAACAAAAUUGUCACAACUGAUUAAUGCAAUAUUAAUUGAAACAAAUGAUGAGGUCAACAAGUGAUUAUCAUCUAAUGAAGUAACCACAGGGUUCAUACAGAUUUUUGGAUCCAAAAUUUAAGACUUUUCCCAGACUUUUUCCAAAACAAUAAUUUCUUUUUUCAGUGGUUAUAAUUCGAGACCUUAAAAAAAGCAGGAACAAAGCUUUUUUAUGAUGCACUGCUGCUAACAUACAGGCACUGAAGACUGAGUAAGAUUUGAGCAAAACGAAAAAAAUGUCCUUCAUAAAACACUUGUUGUAGCUUCCAAAAAAAAAACCCUUAAGACUUUUUAUCAUUUUUCAAGACUUUAUCUCUAUUUUCCAGACGUUUUCCAGGUCUAGAAACUUGCUGGGCAAAUCUCAAGACUUUAGACGAACCCUGUAACUAGUAAUGAUGAAGUUGAGUGUUCAGUCAGCCCUCCCUUGAUGAUGAGCAGCAAGUUGUACCCCUACAUUUAAAGUAAAAUUCAACAUUUGACAAAGGACAAAAAUGAGUACUUUGACUGAUGAUAGUGGGUGGUGAAACCUUCCUAAAUUACAUAGUGUAGAGAAAACAUGGUGAAAAAUUAAAAUAUGCUGUAGGGUAAAAGCUUGUUUCUUUUUACUGUCUGCCAUUUCUGCAUUUUGCUUUUCAAUGUCUCAGUUAAAGUAACAAUAUUUUUACCAGUUAGAAGUACAUAUUUUAUGUUUUUAAAAUGUUGUUAUACUGUAACUACUAUAACUAUGUUUUUAAAAGGUUGUUAUAAUAUAACUACUUUCUAUUGAAGAAACAAUUUGAGUUUAUAGU